AUGAAUAUCUUGGAAUCGAGUAUGUUGAAAAAAGACUGGAACAGAAAUCUACACAGUUGGGGAAAGCGCGCAUGGUCAAAUUUGCAAGGAGGUUGGGGCAAAAGAGAUUCCUCCUAUCCCCUCUACUACCCUUACAACGAUAAGCGCGCAUGGCAAAAUCUUCAGGGUGGUUGGGGAAAACGAUACUCCUCAGAUGACGAAUACGCAGCUAAACUGGCAGCGCUUCUCGAACAGGAAGAUCAAGAGCCUCAAUAUAACGAAUUUGGAAAUUUACCCGAAACCGACGCUAAUGAUGCCGAAAAGAGAGCCUGGAAAGGAUUAAACGGUGGAUGGGGAAAACGUUCGGAUAGCUGGGGAAAUUUUAGAGGUGAAUACAAACUUAUUUUUCUCUAA